GGAGCUAAAAUAUUCACAGUGCAAGAUUGUUGAACAUGAAACAAAAUAAUAAAAAGUCAUCCUGUUGUUGUUUUCUUCUUUCAGUGAUUCACACGCUGCAGUAUUUCUCCACUGCGUCCUCUCAAGUUCCAAACUUCCCAGAGUAUGUGAGUGUUGGUUAUGUUGAUGGAGUUCAGAUUUCUCACUAUGACAGCAACAGCAGGAAAGCAGAAGCCAAACAGGACUGGAUGAACAAAAUCACAGCAGAGGAUCCAAAAUACUGGCAGAGACAAACAGAGAUCAGUGUUCAUAAUGAGUUGAGGGACAAACACAACCUUGAAGUUCGUAAGAAGCGUUUCAACCAAACUGGAGGUGUUGACAUUCUCCAGAGGAUGUCUGGAUGUGAAUGGAAUGAUGAGACUGAUGAAGUUAAAGGUUGGCGUCAGGAAGGUUAUGAUGGAGAAGAUUACAUAUCGUUGGACAUGAAGACAUGGACAUUUACUGCAGCAAAACAACAAGCUUUCCCCACCAAACUCAAGUGGGACCAGAACAAACAUCUACUAGAAUACAAUAAGUUUUACUACACUGAGAUAUGUCCUUCUUACUUGAAGAAGUAUGUGAACAAUGGGAAGGAGGUCCUAAUGAGAACAGGUAGAAACACAACAUGUACUUUCACCUUUUAACUUGUUAGCACUCCCCCUAUAGGAACAUUACUGACAUUACACCCUGUCUCUUUAUACUCUUCUCUCUUUCUCUCACCUUCUCUCCAUCUUGACCUCCAUCCACACCUUCUCUCCAUCUUUACCUCAUUCUCUCUCCAUCUUUCCCUCCAUCCUCACCUUCUCUCCAUUCUCUCCUUCACUCCAUCUUUACCUCCAUUCUCCCCUUCUCUCCAUCUUUACCUCCAUCCACACCUUCUCUCCAUCUUAACUUCUGUUCUCAUCUUCUCUCCAUCUUUCCCUCUGUUCUCAUCUUCUUUACAUCUUUCUUCAUCUUCUCUCCAUCUUUACCUCCGUCCAUAUCUUCUCUCCAUCUUUACCUCUUUCUCUCCUCCUCUCCAUCUUUCCCUCCAUCCUCACCUUCUCUCCAUCUUUACCUCCGUCCUCACCUUCUCUCCAUUUUUACCUCAAUCUAUCCUCUCCAUCUUUACCUCCAUUCUCUUCUUUUCUCUCCAUCUUUACCUCUGUUCUCAUCUUCUCUCCAUCUUUACCUCCAUCCACACUUUCUCUCCAUCUUAACCUCCUUCCACACCUUUUCUCCAUCUUUACCUCAUCCCCACCUUUUCUCCAUCUUUACCUCCAUCCCCACCUUCUCUCUAUCUUAACCCCCUUCCACACUUUCUCUCCAUCUUUACCCCCGUUCUCCCCUUCUCUCCAUCUUUACCUCUGUUCUCAUCUUCUCUCCAUCUUUACCUCCAUCCACACCUUCUCUCCAUCUUAACUUCUGUUCUCAUCUUCUCUCCAUCUUUACCUCCAUCCACACCUUCUCCCCAUCUUCACCUCCGUCCAUAUGUUCUCUCCAUCUUCACCUCCGUCCACAUCUUCUCUCCAUCUUUACCACAUUCUCUCCUCCAUUCCAUCUUUCCCUCCAUCCUCACCUUCAUUCCAUCUUUACCUCAAUCUAUCCUCUCCAUGUUUCCCCCAUCUACACCUUCUCUCCAUCUUUACAUCCGUUCUCUCCUUUUCUCUCCAUCUUUACCUCUGUUCUCUCCUUUUCUCUCCAUCUUUACCUCCAUCCACACGUUCUCUCCAUCUUUAGCUCUAUUCUCAUCUUCUCUCCAUCUUUACCUCUGUCCACUCCAUCUCUCCAUCUUUACCUCUGUCCACUCCAUCUCUCCAUCUUUACCUCCUUCCACACUUUCUCUCCAUCUUUGCCUCCAUCCACACCUUCUCUCCAUCUUUGACUCCAUCCACACCUUCUCCCCACGUUGUCCUGUGUUCACACGUGACAUCACUUCCUGUGCAGAGCUUCCAGAGGUGUUCCUGCUCCAGAAGACGCCGUCCUCUCCGGUCAGCUGCAUGGCGACAGGUUUCUACCCCGACGGUGCCGACCUGUUUUGGAGGAAAGACGGCGAGCAGAUCUUCGAGGACGUGGAGCACGGAGAGAUACUCCCCAACCACGACGGAACCUUCCAGAUGUCGGUGGCGCUGAAAGUGGAGGUGACGGCCGACGUGGAGGGCAAGUACGAAUGUGUGUUUCAGCUGUCAGGCGUCAAGGAGGACUUGGUCACCAAGCUGGAGAGAAGAAGCAUCCUGAGCAACGCAAGCCAUGAAGGUGAGAAAGACACAUUUAGUUGGAGAUGUUUCCCAUCACAAGUCCACCUGUCACCAUUAUUGAUCCAUGUCACCAUGACAACGCUUGACGUCUGCAUGCAAAGUAGUCAUGAAGGUUUCCUCUUCAUGCUUUGUCACUCCACUUGUGCUUUUUUGCUCUCCACAGACAACUUGAGCGUCGCCCUCGCUGCCACGGCGGCGGUCCUCGCUGUGGCGGCCAUCAUCAUCAUCAUCAUCAUCAUGGUCAUGGUCAGGCGUCACAGAAACAGACAAGGUGAGGGACGCCAAUGUCCUCUGUCUUCUUCUUCUCGGUGCACUCGGUCCAGGCCGUGAGUUGAUGCUUUCAUCCGGGCUGCAAAGGUGCGGCCAUCUUUUAGUUGCCUUCCAGCCAAACACUCAAAGAUCCACAGAGACAGAGCGCACACUCUCACGUAGAAACACGGCGUGACGUGAGGGGAAAAGUCCACUUCACCUUGUUUCUCUUUCAUUUCAGCCCAGUACGAUCCAGCUGGUAAGUAAAACAUCUUUUCUUUGAGCCGCAAGAAACAAAGCCGUGGUGAAGCGUCACUCACAUGGAGGUCUGAUGUGGACCUUUGUUACAAGUUUAGCCGGAAAAGCCCAACUGGAGCUGACUCCUUCACAAUAAAAGUCCCUCCUGUGAGCACACGCAAUACAAAGUCUGGCAUAUCUCACUUUUGACAGGAGUCCUCAUGAUGAGGAUCAGCCAAAUGAGACAUCAAGUGUGCUGACUCGUCAUGUUUCCAAGUCACACCUCAAAGAUCUGAUGUGAGUGACGAGGCACCUUCUGGAUGUUCUUCCUUCACCGUUUGCGUUUGUCCCGCAGCUCGCCACGGCGGCGUGGAGCUCGACGAGAACGUGCAGGCGGCUGAAGGCUGAGUAAGCUCACAUGGACUGUCUGCACCUCCAAAUGUUCUUGUGUGAAGAUGAUGUUCAACUUGGAUUCACCUGCUUCUGUCGGGAAUGUGCUGAGUGGUCUUCUUCCUCCAGGAUGCUUUGUGCACUGGAACACAGGGAGAUGUCUCCAUCGCUGAGGGACGUCAUCACACUCGGAGAUGAGAUGGAGAUGUGCUUUGUUCUUCGUCUGACUGCUCCUCACGCUAUUCCAUGUAUUCUUCUUUGGCCGUUAAAAGACUUUCAAGAUCAAACGCUGGUGGCUGUAAAAUCGCACGUUUCAUGGCCUUGACGUCAUGACGAGGAUUUCUUCUUUUCUUUCAAUGGCCGCUGCUUAUGAUCAAUAUCACAUUGUGUCACAUCUCUGUCAAUAAAUCCGUUUUUCCUCCA